AUGGAUAAGCCUCCACAAGAGGCUCCAGAUGGAUCCUUGAACCAUGAAAACACAGACAAUGGAUCUGAACAUGCUGGGAUUGGAUUAUCCGAGCAAACUGGUGGCAAAGCAUCCAGCCAAAUUGCUAAUGCCGGGUCUGGACAGACUGACCAAAGAACUCCUGAAGAGGCUUCUCAGUUGACUGAGCACAGAAGAACAUCUCAGCAGGCUGACCGCAGAUCAUCUGUCCAGGCUGACAGAAGAACUUCUGAGCCCCCUAAUCAGCAAUUGCCCAGUUUGAUUGAGGGAAAAGCCUCUGAGAAGGUAGAUGACCAAGUGCCAUUGCCCUCUGGUGGGAAAGCUUCUGAGAAGACUGACCAAGAACCUUUAGAGUAUGAUGAGCAGACUUCAUCAGACCAAGAUGACUAUAAGACCUCAGGAAAGAGUCAACACCAAGUCUACAACCAAGAUGAUUUCCUGGAUGAAGAUGACACUGAUCAAUACAGGGUUAGUGAGGACAACACCCGAAUUAGCCACGAAACAGAAAAACAGGCUGACCACCGCUCAUACUACAAAACACUUGCCCAGGCUGAGAACCGCGCAUUGUCUGACAUUGGUGACAACAAAGAGAUCAAAGAAGCUGACUUUAAAGUACAGCCUUGCAAAUUUGAAGACAGCCAAAUGGACAUCAGAUCCAAGGUCUCAACUGGCGAGGAAACAGAAAGUGCAACCACUAUCCAAGCUUACAACCUACCUGAUACUGAAUUCACCAGCGAUUCCCAGUCCUCGUAUGAAAAACUGCCCUCCAUCACCACCAAAGUGUACUACACCUCCAGCCAAGACAAAUUGCAGACCACAGACGUCACUACUGAUACAGAAUUUGAGCAAAGAAAGAGUUCUCAGAGAUCCAGCCAAACUUACAGGAGGCGGUUCCCUCCAAUCAUUUUUGAAGACCCUUAUCAAGUUGCACUCCGCUACAUGGAAAAGCACAACAUUCUUCAGAUAUUCCAGAUCACUGAAAACUUAGUCUAUGAAAAGCCGGAUGACCCUCUGAACUUCAUGCUAGACCAGGUACAGGAAAUGAUCCGAUACAGAGACCAGCAGAGCAGCAUCUGA